ACAACACGGUGAAAUCGCGGUUUUACACAUCAAACGUUUUUUGAGACACGGAAGACCAUCGCCUCGGAGCGCUGCGUGAAACCGCGGUGGCACCGUCGUCUAGCCAGCUAGACAGGCAGGUGUCGCGUUCUUGUGUGGCCACAACUUUGAGGACGGCUUGGCCUUGCGAGUCGAAGGGGUUGCCUACCCCGUAGGCGGACCGCCCCACAGCCUCCAGACUCCAGGCGCUCCGCAUUUAAUUUCCCCCGUUCGUUUUCACGGUGUGGUACCGAUUUCGCGACGAUGAUCGACACGACGAAUGAUCGAUUGCGCUCGUGUAUUUUUGGCAGCGCGGCCGACGGGUUGCGCUUGUCCAUGUUGACGUUUCCGAGGGGAUAUAAAACCUGCGCGGCGACCGAAGCGGACUGUUAGAAGUCUCCGUCCGGGCCGCCAUGGCACUGCACGCCACUGCACUGUGCACCCCGGCGUCGCCGUCCGCAGCCCGCGCCAUGCUGGCCGUGGCCUUGUUGUUGUUUCUGGCGGCACAGCCACCGUCAGCGGCCAGCGCGCCGCACGACGCGCCCGCCUUAAGUCAUGUGACGUCGAAGCACGCUGCCAGUCACAGCACUCUGCCGGCGGAUGCAGAACACGUCUCCGAGCCCGUGGUGGUGUUCGGUUCGGGGCGGCGCCUAGCCGCGUCGGCGCACCGCCACAUCCUGGACGUGCUGCACGGCCGCGGCCCCGUGACGGUGCGCCUGGCGUCCGGCAAGGAGCGCACCUUCGCCAGCGGCAAGGCCUACAUGGCGGAGGCCAGGAGCCCCGAGCUGCGCGGCGCCCAGUUCAUCGUGCCGGCCGAGACCUACCCGUGCGACGUCGUGGAGGACGUCGUGGAGACCGAGCUGGCGCUGCGCACGCACAUGCUGCUGCCCAGCGGCGACCACGUGCCGCUCGCCCACUACAUGGAGGGCCUCGUCCAGCAGGAGCAGCAGCACCACGAGCACCACGGCGGCAGCGGCGACGGCGGCGUCAGGUACCCCGGCAGCAACCCCUACCAGCAGCAGCCCCUGUUCCACAAGCAGCCCGCCGUGUACGACUGGAUGACCCCCUUCGCCGAGGACGUGCCCGAGGCCGAGCUGCAGGUCGUGCUGGGCGGCUCGCAGCGGCUCAGCCUGCAGGUGCACGACGCCGUGCUGCACAGCGUGGAGGCCAAGGGGCCCAUCGAGGUGGACCUCAUCAACGGCAGGACGGUGACCGUGCCGUCCUACGACGACCUCCUGGCCAAGAUGGUCGACCCCCACUUCUUCGGCGCGCGCGUCCACCUCGAGGACGGCGUCAAGGUGCCCGUGGAGACGUACCGCGCCGUCGUCAACGCCCACAAGCACAAGGGCGUGUACGUGGUGGACCGCGACGACCACCGCAUGAGGUACGCGGACUACGCCGGGCGGAGGGCCUCCAAGACGGCGCACUCCAAGGAGGAGGCCAGCGACAAGGCGAACGAUCUGCGCGACAGCGGCCAUGCUACCAAUGACGAAUAAAUGCCCUCAUUUCUUUUGUA